AUGAAGUUUCUAAGUGUUCUCGUGCUUGUAUUAUUGGGAAGUAUCAUCAAGGCCUAUAGUGAAAUUUCUCAAAUUUCUUUAAAAGAAAUCAGUAAUAUCAAUUGCCAAGGACCAUAUAUUGGUAUAGUUGUGCCAAAUGCCUAUGAGUUGAAACCUCUUCUUCAAUCAUCCAGCUUUCUGCCUCAUAACAAGUUUCCUUACCUUGACUUUGCCGGAAAACAUUUUCGCAUUGGUGAAUUGGAAAAGAAGAAGGUUGUUGUUGUUAUGAGUGGAGAGGGUAUGCUAAAUGCAGGUCUUGCCACCCAAUUGUUGCUUACUUUGUUUAAUGUAGAAGGAGUUCUUCAUUAUGGAAUUGCUGGUAAUGUAAAUUCUAAAUUCCAAGUUGGAGAUGUGACUAUUCCACAAUAUUGGGCUCACACGGGACUCUGGCAUUGGCAGAGGUUUGGUGAAGACAUUGGAGAUUUCGGCCGAGAGUUUGAUUAUCUAAAGUUUUCAAAUUACAAUAACUAUACAAAACAUUCCAAAUCACCAGAAAAUCUUUUGAACAAGGUUUGGUAUCAACCAGAGCAAAUUUUUCCUGUGGAUGGAACUCCUGAAGUCAAGCAGCGUGCUUUUUGGGUUCCAGUUGACAAAAAUUACUUUGAAAUCGCAAGAAAGCUCAAGAAUGUUGAAUUGAAUAGUUGUGUUAACAAAACUUGCUUGCCAAGAAAGCCAAUGGUGGUGAGAGUAAAGAAUGGCGUAAGUGCCAAUGUGUUUGUUGAUAACAAGGCUUAUAGAAAUCAUUUGAAGGCCAAAUUUGAUGCUACUCCAACUGACAUGGAAAGUGCUGCCGUUGCUUUGGUUUGUUUCCAACACAAAAUACCUUUCAUUGUCAUUAGAGCAUUAUCUGAUUUAGCUGGAGGUGGUUCUGCAUUGACUAAUGAAGCAUCUAUCUUUUUAUCAUUAGCCUCUCAAAAUGCAUUUGAUGUUCUUGUCAAAUUCAUCUCUUUGUUAUAA